AUGAUUUCUUUGCUACAGUGGCUAGGAGACGGCGAAAAGAAAGUCGACCUCGGCGACAGAGGACCACCUUCUCUGCACACCAGACCUUGCGGCUGGAACUUGAAUAUGCACGGGGUGAAUAUGUUGCCAGGGCAAGAAGGUAUCUUAUGCAGAAUAGCAGUUUCAUUUUUAUUUCUCCUCUUGUCUAGAUGUGAACUAGCAUCAGCACUAUCGCUCAGUGAAACUCAAGUAAAAAUAUGGUUCCAAAACAGACGAGCUAAAGACAAAAGAAUCGAGAAAGCUCAUCACGACCAGCAAUACAGGAUUAUUUCCGAUUGUAUUGGGAGCUCCAUACUGUCCUCCGCCGCCGUGCCCUUGCCUGCCUGUUCACGCGCCGACGCUAGAUAA